GCGCUCGUCAACCACGACAUUAGCGAACAUAAGUGAACUAUUAUUCCAUAUAAGCUUACUUUUUUGUACAUUUGAGGUGAUCGUCGUGAACAUAGGACGUUCUAUUUUCUCAGGCAACGAGACAAAUACAGAAAAGUCUUAUAUUGUUGAUUUGCAAUCGUUUUGCAUUUCAUUGAUAUUACUUAUUCUUUUUUUUUUUUUUUUUUUUAUUAAGGCAUCGAUAAAAAUACCGUCCAAGAGGGCUAUUCAGCCUUUUUGAUAAUAUGAAUGAGUCUAAGCAAAGAAGUAGCGAUAUGGAAGUGGAUGAUAAUAAUGUAGCUCCGGUGGAAAUACCAAUGGAAGUUGACGAAGAUACAUCAGAGAGAGAUCCCAAAGCAUCUGCUAAUCUUACAAGUGCGAUCAAAGUCAUGGCAUCUUCUGGUACAGUUGGUUCAGUGUCUAUCAGUUUACAUCCUCUGGUUAUCAUGAAUGUUAGCGAACAUUGGACUAGAUUAAGAGCUCAAGAAGGAGCUGAACAAUUAGUAUAUGGAGCAUUAAUAGGAAAACAAAAAGGACGUAAUAUAGAGAUUAUGAAUUCUUUUGAAUUAUUGUUUACAUGCAUUGGCGACGAUGUUAUCAUUGAUAGGGAUUACUAUAAUACAAAAGAGGAACAAUUUAAACAAGUCUUUAGUGAAAUGGAUUUUCUUGGAUGGUAUACCACAGGAGAUAUGCCUAAUGAGAGAGAUAUUAGAGUACACAAACAGAUUUGUGAAAUCAAUGAAAGUCCAGUAUUAUUAAAAUUGGAUCCAAGACCAAAAAAUACAGAUAAAUUAUCUGUUUCCAUGUAUGAGUCUGUGAUUGAUUUAGUUAAUGGAGAAGCUACUAUGCUAUUUGUUCCAUUGACUUAUACAUUAGCUACAGAAGAAGCAGAAAGGAUUGGAGUUGAUCAUGUUGCAAGAAUGUGCAGCAAUGAACAGGGAGAAAGUUCUUUAGUGGCAAAACAUUUGGCAGCUCAACAUAGUGCCAUCAAAAUGUUACACUCGAGAGUAAAAUUAGUAUUAAGAUAUGUACAAGCGGUACAGAAUGGCGAAUUAAAAGGAAAUCAUGAAGUAUUAAGAGCAGCCUGUUCUCUUGGAUAUCGUUUGCCUGUUUUAAAUAAUCCUAAAUUUAAAGCUGAUUUUUAUAAUCAAUGCAAUGAUUUUGGCUUGAUAACAUACUUGGGCAUUAUAACCAAAGGUUGCAAUAAUAUAAAUCAAUUUGUAAACAAAUUCAAUAUACUCUAUGAUAGACAAGGUGUUGGUCGGCGUUUGCGAAGUUUGUUUUUUUGAUAAGUGAAUGGAACUUCUUGUUUUUUUUUUUUUUUAUUUUUUUUUUUUUAUACUUUCCUUUUCUUAUUCCUAAUUAAGAUAAUAAACUCAGGAUUUGGAAAAUGAAAUCAUCAGUGCAAUUGGUGAGUAAAUUUUGCAGAAUAAUGAAGUAUAUUGUAUUGAAUAUGGAAUAAAGCUCUAAGCAGGUACACUUAAUUAUAGUUUUAUAAGUUAAUUGACUGAAGUAAGAUGUUUCACUUAUAUAAAAAGUAAAAAGCAAAACAUAACGAAGGGUAUUUAUGAUACUUAUAGAAAAUAUUUAUAUACCUUCUUCAUAUGCUUUGAUUUAGAAACAAUAAACCAGGAAUGCGGUAUCUCAUUAACUGUGCUGUAGGAUAUAUAAACUAUCUUUAAGAUGUAAAGUCAAUAAAGCCUGUGAUGCAUUGUGUGAAUCAUAUUGCUUUACUUCACAUUCAGUUUUGUAUUAGGUAAUAAACAAUAUUGAAAGAACAAUUUAAUAUAACUUAUUGAACAAUAAUUCAAAAAAAUUUUAUAUAUCGAUUAUGUAAUUGAACGUGUCGAUUUAUAGACAAAUUUGUUGAAAUAAAUUAGGCUUUCGUUAUUAUAAUAUAAAAAAAUAAUUCAUAGUUUUUACAUAAUUCUAUAGGGUCACAUAUGUUCAAUACAAACAUAAUAUAAUAUGUUCAAAAAUGAGAUACAUGUAAAUAGUACAUAAGAGAGAAUUUUUUGAUCAAUACUUUCACUCGUUGUUUUGUAAUGGAAGACCUUGUGUUAAUAGACGCAUUUUCCUUCACAGGCUACAUUAAUAUCUAAUUCAUAUAAGUAGAUGUAUACAAAUUAUUUGAUAUAUAAAAAGCAGCCUGUAUAUUUGUUUAUAAAAUAUGACAAAAAGUUUUUCUAAAAUUCUA